AUGUCUAAAGCCUUGUGCUGUUGGGCUUUUGAAUGCUUGCUCAAUAGAUUAGUACCAGAUUCUGAUCCUGUUACAUUUUCUACUUAUUUUAAAAAGCUUAACGAGUCGGUCUCAGAUCUUCCUCUGAAAUCGCCCUUGUUCGUUACAUGGAACAAGAAUCAUGACUUAAGAGGUUGCAUUGGUACGUUCAGAUCACUCCCACUUGAAUCUGGGACAAAACAAUUUGCUUUGACAGCAGCACUUCAAGACACACGGUUUUCUCCAAUAAAAACUUCAGAACUUGAAAGCUUAGAGGCAUCUAUUACAUUGCUUGAUGACUUCAGAAAGAUUGAAACUUGUACGGACUGGCAAAUUGGGAAGCACGGAUUACAGUUGUCUUUUACUUAUGAUGAAGAAUACUUCUCAGGUACAUUUCUUCCUCAAGUCGCUGAGGAACAAAAGUGGGAUAAGGUAACAACGUUGUACUAUCUCUUAAAAAAGGCGGAUUUUAGGGGGGUAGGUCUGAAGGCUGUAGUCGAAUUUUAUAACAAAGGCUUGAGAGAAGGUUGGCUCGAUUUACAAAGAUAUGACGGUUUGAAAGAGUCCUGUAGCUAUGACGAAUUUAUGAAGAUUAGGCAUUCUAUUAAGGAUUGA